AUGAAAAGUUGGGGUAUGGUUUUGAGUGCAUAUAUAAGUGUUAUUCUGUUUACUUUGGUGUUCUGCACAGUGCAACCGCCUAAUAUCAACCCGAGCAUAUUAAGCCAAUCGAAAUCAUUGGGCGAGUGUCAGGCGUGUAAGUCCUUUAUAGAAUCGUUCAAAGCCGGUCUCGAGAGAACUUCUAGAGGAAAAUAUGAGGGCGGAGACGCCGCGUGGGAGGAGGAGAAGUUGAAAAAGUCGUAUAAACGCAGUGAAAUGCGACUAGUCGAUAUACAAGAGGGAAUAUGUAAAGAGUCGAAGCACUCUGUUCAAUGCUAUCAUGUAGCUGAAAAGGCAGAGGAGUUAAUCGAGGAAUGGUGGGCACAAGAUGCCAAUGAAUUUGAUGAUUUAUAUGCCUACAUCUGUAUAGAUAAAUUGCAGUUAUGUUGUCCAAAGCACCACUUUGGCAAAAACUGUAUACCAUGCCCAGGUGAUCAUGAUAAUCUAUGUAGUGGAAAUGGAAAGUGUAGAGGAGAUGGUACUAGAAAAGGCAACGGUACCUGUCUCUGCGAUCCUGGUUAUUUGGGUGAGAACUGUGACCAGUGUGCAAUAGGGUAUUACUUAUCAUACAAAGACAAAAAUAAGAUGCUCUGCUCAAAAUGUCAUAGAUCAUGUAUGGGGGGCUGUCGAGAUGGCACAGCUAAGGACUGUGUUGCUUGUAGGACUGGCUACAUCUUUGAUUCAGAAGAGGGUUGCAUAGAUGUUAAUGAGUGUGAUGAUAUCAAUAGAUGCAAAGCUGCAGAGUUCUGUGAGAAUACACUAGGCUCCUACGCAUGUGUGCCUUGUGAUAAAUCGUGUAAUGGAUGCCAUGGUGAUGGGCCAGAUUUGUGCAGAAAGUGUGCGAAGGGUUACUCUAAGAAAGGAGAGUUGUGUAUAGCUGAUAGGCAAGAUGAAGAUAGCGUCGAAGCAAUGACAACUACUAGAAAUGAGGAGCUAUAA